CUUGCCAGGUGGAGCAGGCUUCACAAGGCCGCGAAAAAGGAGGAGGAGGAGGAGGAGGACCCGCCGGCUGUCUCCUCUCAGAGCUUUGAAGGAACCACUCUUGUGGUCAGGAACUGGCGAGACACCGCUGGGUCACCUGGAAGCACCUCUUCCCAGGGACUGAUCGAGAACAGGAAGGCCUUGGAACCUAGCCUUUCAGCCUGAGCUCUUAUCAACACCUGCUGCCCUAGAGUGGGGAGCCUUCCCUGAGUCUGAGACCUUCCACCAGACCGGGAGCCUGAGCGUGUCCAGGAUGUCUUCCUCGCCAGAGGCCUUGAGCACAAAGCCCCACAACAUGACGGUGAACGACUGUUUCCAGUCCCGGAGCACUGUCCUCCAGGGGCAGCCCUUUGGGGGGAUCCCCACUGUGCUUGUACUCAACCUCAUCUUAUGGGUGUUUGUUGUCCUGCUUUAUUCCUUCCUCCGGAAAGCCGCGUGGGACUACGGGCGCCUGGCUCUGCUGAUACACAAUGACAGCCUGACUUCGCUGAUCUACGGGGAACAAAGCGAGAAGUCGUCUCCCUCCGAGAUUUCCUUGGAAGUGGAACGUCGGGACAAGGGCUUCUGUUCCUGGUUCUUCAACAGCCUAACCAUGAAGGACCGGGACCUGAUCAGCAAGUGCGGCGAUGAUGCGCGCAUCUACAUCAUGUUCCAGUAUCACCUCAUCAUCUAUGUGCUCAUCCUCUGCAUCCCCUCUCUGGGCAUCAUUUUGCCUAUUAACUACAUUGGGACUGUUCUGGACUGGAAUAGCCACUUUGGUCGGACCACCAUUGUUAAUGUCUCCACAGAGAGUAAGCUCCUGUGGCUGCACAGUCUCUUCGCGUUCCUGUACUUCCUCAUCAACUUCGCCCUCAUGGGCCAUCACUGCUUGGGGUUUGUGCCCAAGAAGAACCUCAAGAUCACGAGGACACUGAUGAUCACCUACGUCCCCACUGAAAUCCAGGAUCCAGAGGUCAUCAGCAAACACUUCCAUGAGGCCUAUCCUGGGUGCGUGGUGACCAGAGUCCAUUUCUGCUAUGAUGUCAGGAACCUGAUUGACCUGGACGAUCAAAGGCGCCAUGCCAUGCGGGGCAGGCUGUACUACACGGCCAAGGCUAAGAAGACUGGGAAGGUGAUGAUCAAGAUUCACCCAUGCUCCCGUCUGUGUUUCUGCAAGUGCUGGACCUGCUUCAAGGAGGUAGAUGCGGAGCAGUACUACAGCGAGCUGGAGGAACAGCUGACCGACGAGUUCAAUGCAGAGCUCAAUCGUGUCCGGAUGAAGCGACUUGACUUGAUCUUUGUCACCUUCCAGGAUGCCAAGACCGUGAGGCGCAUCCGUGAGGAUUACAAGUACAUCUGCUGUGGUGUGCAUCCCAAGCAGUCCUCAGUAACGACCAUUGUUAAAAACUACCACUGGAGGGUCGCUCAUGCCCCUCACCCCAAAGACAUCAUCUGGAAACACCUGUCCAUCCGCCGCUUCAAUUGGUGGACUCGCUUUAUCGCAAUCAACACCUUCCUCUUCUUCCUCUUCUUCUUCCUCACCACUCCCGCCAUCAUCAUCAACACCAUUGACAUGUACAACGUCACCCGCCCCAUCGAGAAUUUGCAGAGCCCUGUCGUGACCCAGUUCUUCCCUUCUGUCAUGCUCUGGGCCUUCACGGUGAUAAUGCCUCUGAUGGUCUACUUCUCUGCCUUCCUAGAAGCCCACUGGACCAGGUCAAGUCAGAAUAUCAUCAUCGUGCACAAAUGCUACAUCUUCCUGGUGUUUAUGGUGGUCAUUCUGCCCUCCAUGGGGCUGACCAGUUUGGAUGUGUUUUUGCGCUGGCUCUUUGACAUCUACUAUCUUGAACAUGCGACCAUCAGGUUUCAGUGCGUGUUCCUCCCAGACAAUGGUGCAUUCUUUGUCAACUACGUGAUCACGGCUGCUCUGCUCGGCACAGGCAUGGAGCUGAUGCGCUUGGGGUCACUCUGCACGUAUUGUACCCGCCUCUUCUUUUCCAGAUCAGAGCCAGAGAGAGUCCACAUCAGAAAGAACCAGGCCAUGGAUUUCCAGUUUGGGCGAGAAUAUGCGUGGAUGCUGAACGUCUUCAGCGUGGUGAUGGCGUAUAGCAUCACUUGCCCUAUAAUUGUCCCUUUUGGGCUGCUGUAUUUGUGCAUGAAGCAUGUCACAGACCGCUAUAACAUGUACUACUCCUACGCGCCCACCAAACUGAACGAGCAGAUCCACAUGGCCGCCGUCUACCAGGCCAUUUUUGCACCGCUUUUGGGGCUCUUCUGGAUACUCUUCUUCUCCAUCCUGCGAGUAGGUACCCUCCACACCAUCACGUUCUUCUCCUUGUCCUCCCUCAUCAUCUCCGUGAUCAUCGCCUUCUCUGGGAUCUUUCUGGGGAAGCUCCGGGUUGUCCGUGAGUAUGAGCCUGAGGAAGAAGCAGAGACUGUGUUUGAUGUGGAGCCAAGCAGCACGACCUCCACACCCACCUCCCUUCUGUACGUGGCCACCGUGCUACAGGAGCCGGAGUUGAACCUGACCCCCGCCUCCUCCCCAGCCCGGCACACCUAUGGCACCAUGAACAGCCAGCCAGAAGAGGGAGAAGAAGAGAGCGGUCUGAGGGCCUUUGCAAGGGAGCUGGACUCAGCUGGGUUCCAGGAAGGGCUGGAACUGGAGGGCCAGAGCCACUGAUUAGGCCUCCAGUCAGAGGGCCAGGGGAGAGCCUGGUAGGAGGAGACAGGGAGGAGCUCCCUUCCAUAGACUGUGAGAAGCUCCUGGUGGAGGUGGCUGCUAUCCUGUGGCCAUGUAACGAGCCAGGCCUGCCGACCAGCUGGAAAGGGCGGGAUGCUGGGACUCCUGAGGACUCCGGGAUGGGGUGGAGGAAGCAUACGCCAUGUUUCUGGGAGUGGUAGCUGAAGCCCAGGACACAAGAGACUGGAUGCUGUGUUUCCUGCUGGAGUCCAGGGGAUGCAAGUAUGCAUAAGGGAAGAGGUAGGGAGGAGCCCACUGAAGGCCUUCUAGGGGCUUCAGCGCCCCCACUCCCGCUGCCCAUCAAGGAUGGUCACUCCACUGCCGUCUGAGCAGGCAAAGGUAUGUGGACUGGGUCUUGUGGAUGAGGCCCAGGUGGCCAUCUCAGCACAGGUGUCCCUGCAGAGUGUCUAGAAACUGUACCUCACCCCCUGAGCAAGGAGCAACCAGGACAA